AUGUAUCCAAAUUCCGACAAGUGGAUCAUCGUUGAGAUUUUGCUUCAAACACACGGGAGAGUGGUAUUCGUGGAUAGCGACCUUCUGGGCAUUCUAUCGGAGAUAUUGUUUGAGUGUCCGAAUGUGUCCACGAUCAUCUACGAGCAAAUCACUACCUCCGCAGAAGACAUCAAGAAUACGGAGGCUUGCAUUGCAGGCCUAAAAACUAGUUUCGGAGUAUACCUUAAGAUAAUAAGCCUAGAGCAGUUACAUGACCUGGGGAAAGCUAUGCUACAGUGUGAAUCAGAAUCCACGACCAACAGCAAAUCAAGGGAGUCUGAGUAUGAGGGACAGAAACAAUCAGAUGGGGAGAGAAUAUGGGGAACUGUUUACCCUCUAUCAAACGGAAAGAAAAAUCCCCUAGGUGUCCUAAUCACUGUAGGAAACAUGGUUGCCAGUAUCGCAAACAUUCAUCAAAUCCUCAAAACCUCGACAAAUAGGUCGGAUACCUACCUUUCAUAUCUUCCACUGGCAUUUACGUUUGAAUAUAACCUUCUUAAUGCAUUUUUACUACUUGGCGUGAGAAUCGGGUUCGGAACUAAUGGCGUUCUCUAUCUUCUACCUCCCCCGUACAGCGAUCUCACAAUGGAAUGUAGUGGCGAUAUUGAAUCCUUUGAGCCCUCUAUUCUCUUUGGAAUUCCUGCCUGGUGGGAUACGAUACAUGGCCAUGUCCUAGAAAAGAUCAAAGGAUAUAGCAAUGAUUGGCAAGAGCGUUUCUGGAAAUCAGCUGAGCAGAAGGCCGAGCAUAUUACAGACCCUAUAGGGGUUUUAUCUAAAAUGACAAUAUGUGCGUUAGAAAGAAGCAUUUAUCUCAAACCUAUCCGCGAGAUGUUUUUUGGUACCCGUAUGAGAUGGCUUGGGAUCAGUUGUUCAAUGCAUGCUCGGGAGAAGAGGGAAUUCCUCGGAGCAGUCCUGUCUUCAAGUGGCCGGAUGGUCGAAGUAUUCUCAUUUAUGGCAAUGAGCACAAUGGUCACAUUUAUGCCACCAUCCCGGUACAAUAAUAAGAACACUGGCAUGAUUCUACCGUCACUGCAGAUAAAACUUGUGUCUGUAACUCCCCGCUACUCUGCUCUUUCAAGUCCACCAUGUGGUGAGAUUUUCAUUCGUGGACCUUCUGUACCACAUAUGGGCUACUUUAAAAACCCCGAAGCUUCUCUCGCCGCCUUUCUAGAUGAGGGUUGGGUUAAAACUGGCAUUUUAGCUGAAUGGGAUCCGUACAAAAGAUGCCCAGGCCCAACGAUAAUCGGUAAUGUGGACUCUUUGGAAAGGAGAUAUAGUGGGGAUUAUGUUCCCAUUGAAUCCAUAGAGGCAGCGUACAGGAAAUGUCGUCUGGUUCAAGAUUGUUGCAUCAUUUAUUCUGGCAGAAAACCAAAACCACUUGCUGUAAUCGCCGUCAAUGAGACUCAUUUCAGAAGGUUCUGUGAUUAUCAUCUACCAAAUCAAACCCCUGGAAUGCAGAUAGAUGAAAUUCUACUUUCCCGGCCCGUGAAUACGCUGGUACUUAAUCAGUUAAAUGCUAAUGCUAGGUCCCAUGGAAUUAUGGAUUUCGAAUUAAUCGGAGGGAUAAUUUUGGUGAAAGAUGAACUUCCAAAGGUUUCCCGGUCUCAGAAAGAAAAGGACGAAAGCAAAAACAUGCAUCGCGAGCUACUCGUUGAUCGUAAGCAGGUGCGGAAGAUUUAUGCGGCGGAAAUAGAGCACGAGUUUUCCUAG